AUGCACCAAUUCAUCUCACCCUUCCCAUCUCUCACGCGCCAUCAAAGACAAACAAGCGACACCUCAAGCCCACCCAGUUCAAGAACAACCUCACCACCCUCCUCACCAACCACAACCCUACGACCCUUCCCCCAAGCCGCAAACCAGACCCUACCAAACCACCUCUUCAACCUCUCCUUCCACCCAACCCACCAAAGGAGCGAAACCGAGCACAGCGACAGUCAUCAAAACCAUGACUUCGCCCCUACCAGUUCCACUACUGCUGCUGGUGGCCCCUCCCCCGGCUGCGGGGUGAGUGUACUUCCCUGCGCAGUCCUACGAGGCCGAUCAUCAAUGAUGGUAGUACGUCGUCGCCCCUCAGCAAUCGACCUAGCUCUCAGCGAGGAGCGAUCACGUUGUACCUGUGACUCUAUUGAGAGACAGGGUCUUGAUCUUAUGGAACCCCGACCCGUUGAUAUGGAUCUACAUGUGAAUGCGCGAUGCCAGCAGGCGCAGGUCCAGCUCCAGGCGCAGGCAUCACCACCGCUGUCAUCGCCGUCGCCUUUCUCUCGGGCUAGUGCCGGUGUCGGUGCCACUGAGCGAAAUUCGAUGCAACACCACUCGUCUCAGCAGCAGUCGCCCCGCUUCGUGAUGGGGGGUAUUUUUGAAGUUAUGGAGGGGCGGGCUUAA